CAAUCUAUGUCCUCGCGAGAUUUCCCGCGAGGCAGCCCUACUGUCCACAGCGGCACUUGCGUGGUGUGGCCCCGUGUGCAUGCAUGCUAAACGUCUAACUUUGCCAACGUCCAUGUAAAAUUUGAGUACUUUCGCUUAACCUUGGCUAUAUACAGAAAUCUCCGUCACCAUGAGUAUACUCGCCAAAAUAGCAGAGAUUGAAAAUGAGAUGGCCAGGACGCAGAGGAACAAGGCCACAGCUCACCACUUGGGUCUGCUCAAAGCUCGUCUUGCCAAACUGAGGAGGGAACUCAUCACACCAAAAGGAGGCAGUGGUGGUGCAACAGGAGAAGGUUUUGAUGUCGCAAAAACUGGUGAUGCUCGUAUUGGUUUUGUUGGUUUUCCCUCAGUGGGAAAGUCAACACUGCUAAGUAACCUUGCAGGUGUGUACUCUGAGGUUGCUGCUUACGAGUUCACCACUCUUACGACAGUACCCGGAGUUAUUCGCUACAAAGGGGCCAAAAUUCAGCUCUUGGAUCUUCCAGGAAUCAUUGAGGGUGCCAAGGAUGGCAAGGGCAGAGGCAGACAGGUCAUCGCAGUGGCUCGAACUUGUAACCUAAUCCUGAUAGUGCUCGAUGUGUUGAAGCCUCUUGGUCAUAAGAAGCUAAUAGAACAUGAGCUGGAGGGCUUUGGCAUUCGUCUUAACAAGCAACCACCCAACAUUGGCUUCAAGAGGAAGGACAAAGGAGGCAUCAACUUCACAGCUACAUGUGCGCAAUCUGAGCUGGAUGGUGAUACUGUUAAGAGUAUCCUGGCAGAGUACAAGAUCCACAACGCCGACAUCACUCUGCGCAGUGAUUCCACAGCUGAUGACCUCAUUGAUGUGGUGGAGGGAAAUCGGGUCUACAUCCCAUGCAUUUAUGUCCUCAACAAAAUCGAUCAGAUCUCCAUCGAGGAGCUCGACAUCAUCUACAAGGUGCCCCACUGUGUUCCCAUCUCGGCCCACCACCGCUGGAACUUCGAUGACCUGCUGGAAAGGAUGUGGGACUACCUAAGGCUUGUGCGCAUCUACACUAAACCCAAAGGCCAGCUUCCCGAUUACACAUCUCCUGUUGUACUCCCUGACGGAAGAACUGCUGUCGAGGAUUUCUGCUUAAAGAUUCACAAAAACCUCAUCAAAGAACUUAAGUAUGCACUUGUGUGGGGAGCAUCUGUGAAACACAACCCUCAAAAGGUGGGCAAGGACCACGUGAUGAACGAUGAAGACGUUAUCCAGCUGGUGAAAAAGUAAAAGUAGUCGUUCACUGCAUAUCUUGUGUAUUACAAAGUUUUCUGUACAAGUGCUCAUAAAAUCACCAAACAUCCAUCAGAGCAUCUGUGUCCUGCGGUUCCCAGUUUUAUGCUGUAAUUUAAGAAUAAAAUUACAUGAAUGUGUCACGUUCAAAAGAACCCACAAUACUUAACACCAUGAAUAGUUCAUAUUGAAUAUUUGUUAAGUCUUGCAAUAAGAUCUAAAAAAAAAUGUUCAAUAAAAAACUUA